UUGAUGACAAUAUUUUCAUCAAACAGUCAAUUUUAGAAACGGAGAAAAAUAGUUAAAAACUAAUUUGCAAAUAUUGUACUUAAAGCUAAACAAAAUAUGAGUUUAAAAAUUAAUAGAGAUUUUUAAAAGAUGUUUGCUAAAAAGUCCGUUAAUCGUUUAACAUUUGGAGUAAUGGUUAUUGGCAUGGUAUUUGCCGUUUUAGCAACCGAAGGAAAGUAUUGGGAAAGUUAUUUAUUUGAAAAGAGUAUAAGCAUUUACACCGGGUUAUGGUUAUUUUGCGGGUUUCAGUUUUCUAAAGAAAACUGCAUAAAAAGAAGUAUUAAUGAUCCGUUAAGAGUAGUACAAUCGUUUAUGGUCAUGGGUUGCCUUGGAUAUUUAGUUUCACUAUUGUAUGUUGUUCGUCAUUAUAUUAAAAAAAAGUCAAACUUUAAAACUCUAUCAGUCAUUCUAAAUGUCACAGCGUUAUCUUUGGUAAUCGGAUUAAGUGUAUAUUCGAAUGAAAUAAGUACACCACAUCUCAAGUAUAACUGGUCUUACGUGGUAGGCUGGACAUCGGUUGUUUUUGCACUGACAGCAAGUAUUCUUUGCUUAGUUGUUCAUGGCAGAUACCUUGGUGAAUAGUGAUGAGAAAAGCCAAAAUUCGGUUAUACAUAAUUCGCUCUAAGAUUUUGAAGAAGCAAAGAAGAAUUAAAAUUGGUCUGUAAUUUUCAGGAUUAAAUAUGUCUCCUGACUUGAAAAUAGGUAUGACCCUCGCAAUUUUUAGUUUCUCCGGAUAAAUACAUAGUUUUAAAGAGAGAAUAAAAAUAUGUAAAAGAGGAAUUGUUAAGUAAUUUAUUGAUUUUUUAAUUACAUUACUACUAAUAUUAUCAAACCCCACACUUUUGUUUAGUUUUAAAAAAUAUACUGAAUCUAAGAGUUCCUUUUCAGUAAUUUCAUAAUUAUCCAUCUUAGAGGUCUUAUUAGGAGUAAGAUAUGACUCAAAGUUUACUUCAGUAGUUUCUAUUUUCGACGCUAAAGUGGAACCAACACUGAAAAAAUAUUGAUUAAGUGUUUCAGCAAUUAAAGAUUUAUUUGUAUUAGUUUUACUUUUAAUGUUUAGUUUUAUAGGAAGACUAUUUCCGUCAUUUUGUUUCGUGCCAAUUACUUCCUUAAUUGUGUCCCAAGUUUUUUUGGAUCAUUUUUAUGUUUUAUUAAAUACUCAUUAUAGUAAUAUUUCUUUAACUUUUUGAUAACCAUCUCAAAAAUACGUUUAUAAUUUUUGUAAUUAGUUUCAUCAUUAAAAGUUUUUUUUUUUAGAAACUUAUUAUAAAGUCGUUGCUUUUUUUUCGACGACUUUCUAAUUUCAGGCGUUAUCCAUGGAUUUAAUAAUGUUUUUUUUUUCACAUAUUUUGUAACUACAGGAAAAGUCGAAUUGUAAAGUUGUUGUUUAUCAGUCGAAUUGUAAAGUUGUAGUUUAUAGUCGAUUGUAAAGUUUUUGUUUAAAGUCGAAUUUUAAAGUUGUAAAGUUGUAAAUUGUAAAUUGUAAAGUUGUUGUUUAUAGUUGUAAAUUGUAAACUGUAAAGUUGUUGUUUAUAGUCGAAUUGUAAAGUUGUUUAUUAAUAAACUUAUCGUAUGCCUUAUCUGCGUGUUCAAUAUGAAGGAGGUCACGUGUUCAAUAUGAAGGAGGUCACGUGUUCAAUAUGAAGGAGGUCACGUGUUCAGUAUGAAGGAGGUCAUCCCAAUUUAAAUCUGAUAAAAGAGUAUUGAAAUUU